AUGGAUUAUGUUCACAUUUCUGAUUCGGAUCUCAAGAUCUUGGACCUUUGGUCAUCUGGACAGUGGAACCUUGAGAAUAUCUAUUCUCCUCUGAAUCAGUCUCUGCAGAGCAACAUUAACUCUUACAACCCAGACGUUCAAGCUGGUUCAGAGGUCGGUUGGUGUUGGACUGGUGCAGUUUCAAAGGUUUAUGAUGCUCAUAGUGGUUAUUUGUGGCUCAAAAAGCACAAAUUUUUGGCCUGGCUAUGUCUUCGGGAGGCUCUUCCUACUGCUGCAUUUCGUUUUAGGAAGGGCAUUUCGCACACGGAUAGCUGUCCACGAUAUUUCUCAUGUCAGGAAUUGGUAUUACAUUGUAUUCGUGAUUGUCCAAAAGCCCAACUUGUUUGGCAAGCUUUAGGGAUCUCCGAUCAACCAGUGGAUUUGAUGAGUUGGUUCUUACAUAAUAGCAAACAGCGCCCCUUUAGAUUCUUUUCUGGUCUCUGGUGGAUUUGGCGUUCGAGGAAUAACGAGAUCUUUCAUCCUCACGACCAUUGGACUACAGACAAGGUGAUUGGUAUGGGUUUGUCUUUGGAAAAGGAGCUCCGAAAUAUUUUUGAGUUGCAACGACUGUCUAUCCCCUCAACCAUUAGUGGCUCUUGGAUUCUCCCCUCAGUGGGUACCUUUAAGAUUAAUUGUGAUGCUAGCUAUCUUGGCAGUGGUGCUCGAGUUGGUUUUGCUUGUGUUAGCAGAGAUUGGAAGGGAAGGUGGCAACGAAGCUGUCUGGGAACAAUUGAGAGUCGUAGCAUUUUGCAAGGAGAGUUGUUUGCUAUUUGGAGAGGCUUUCUUUUAGCAUGA